AACCAUACUUUGCACUGCUUCAACGGGACAUUGCGAGCUUUAUCCACACAGCUGGUUCGGAAGAGACGAUUGGCUACAAAGUAGGCAGUGUGACGGAAAAGAUGGAUACCUCGAAUGCCAGGCAUUCGACCUCGUCGUUGUCGUUUGUUCAGGACUUGACGAACCUGUUCACUGACAGCAAGGGAUCAAACAGGAACGCCAGUACAGCGAGUAUCUACUCGCUUGAGAAGAAUGAGAAGGGCAGGACGAGACAGCAGCAGCAGCAGCAGCAGCAGGGAGAGCAGAAGCAGGGAGAGUCUGUGGAGAAGACACAGAAGGUGGACCAGCCACAGCAGCCGUCCUCGUCGUCUUCGCAGCUUACCGAUAUUCUUGUGGAGAAGCUGCUCUCCAUGGCAAUCCCACCGGCUACAGAGGUUGGUGCCGAGACACUGCAAGGAAGAAUACAGGCAGGGAAGUCGAGGCCAGCUCUGAGUGUUCAGACCAUGAGUAAGAACUUCAUACAGAUGAACUCGAGGUUAUCAGCGCCUUUUGAGUUCAUCGAUAACGUUAUAAGGUUCUUCUCGUGGGAUCAACCGUCGUUGACCUUGACGGUGCUGAUGCUGUACACACACGUUGUCCUGAACCCGCUGAUCCUUCUGGGGGUGCCGUUCUUCUUCAUGUUGAUCUAUGUAAUGGCGCCUGCGUAUGCUCUGGCCCAUAAGCCUGGCUUCAACCCAAAUUUGGGAAAGAACAACCCCAUCGUGGCAUCUGGGCCUCCUCUGAUGGCUGUGGAGCCACCACAGCCGGCAUCCGAGUUCUCGAAGGAGUUCAUCUUGAACUUGACUGAUCUUCAAAACCACAUGGUGCUGUAUACCAUGGCUUGGGACUUCUGCGUUAAAUGGAUGUCGAAGUUUGCCUUCUUCAAACAUGAAACCGUGUCUGCAGCAUUCUUCCUUGGUCUGCUGACAAUGGGAGUAUCUGCAUUGGCUUUUGGAGAUGUAAUAGUGCAUUACAUCCCAUUUAAGCUGAUUCUAUUGCUCUGUGGUUGGGGAUUCACCAUUAUAUUCCACCCGUAUUUCUACGAUACAGUGUUCAACUGGGUUUACUCGGAAGAUACCCGUUACUACUUUCUCGGGAAGACGAACAGGAUAGAGGACGCCAUUGAUAGAAACCUCAACUAUCAGGAGCCUCAAGAACAGAGGGAGGUUGAGAUUUUUGAAGUGCACGAGUUCAACAAGGAGUUAAAAGAAUGGCAAUUGGUUUGUUACUUAGAUACAGAUUUCACUGCAAUGACACCUGAGAGGCUCAACUUGCACGAGACUGGCACCUCAUCAUUUGGAGCUAUGUCAAAGAACGAGAUCAGACCGCCUAAGGAUUGGGGAUUUGUCACUUCUGACGAUUGGAGAAUCGACCUGUCGCCUGAACAAUGGGUUAAGAUGCAUUGUGUCUCGUACUUUGUCCGUAUUGAUAACGAGACCAAAUGGGUAUACGACAUUGCGGAUGAAACAAACCAAUUCCAACCGAAAUUCCGCAGAAGAAGAUGGACAAGAAUUGUGACUCGAUGUUCUACUCUUUCCCAGCAUAAUGAAAGCAACAACAGUACCAACAACAAUGAGGAAGUUCUAACGACGAAUGAAUUCAUCCUAUAAGACGAUUUAACGAUUAUGCAGCACAUCUAUUAACGAACAUAUCAACAAGAAAAGAAAAAAAGUAUCUAACACCAUACAAUACAUUACAUCAUAAUUUCAUAA